AUGGCAAGAAGGAGAGGUGAAGAGCGGACAAGCGGAGGCGGAAGGGGGGGCCGGGGCGCGGGUGCUGGGAACGCGGGGGCAGGGCGGGCAGAGGCAGGGGAGACAGAGAGCGAGCGAAGCCAGCGAGAGGAGAGCAGGGAGGGAGACAUGGGAGGGGGAGGGAGGGGGGACGAAGACAUAGCGGGGGGAGGGGCAAGGGGGAAAGGGAGGGCCGAAGCAGGCGGAGGGUGGGGGGGGCCGCGGGGGCGGAAACACCCAGGGGCUGGGAGGAGGGAAGGCGCCGGAGGAGGGGCGAAGCGGGAAAGGAAGAAAAAGAAAGGGAAGAAGGGGGAGAGGAAAAGGGGGGGGGACAAGGAGGGAGAGGAAAGAAGGGAGAGCCGCGCGACGGUCGCCGCCGCCGGCCCGCCGGCGCGGGUGGCCACCGGCGGCGCGAAUGCACGCAACACCAAGACAGGGGGAACAGGAGGCACAGAGUGGCGGCCGGAACGGGAGAAGAAAACAGGAAUGGUGAGACGAGGGAAGCGGGCUGGCAAGCCCAGAGGCGCGGCAGAGCUGGAGGGAGCCGGCCGGGGGCACGGGGGAGCGGGGCAGGUGGGGGACGGGGAAGGAAGAAGCACGGGCAAGGGCAGCAUGAAGGCAACGAGGCGGGGAGGGGGGACCCAGGAAAACGGGGGACGGGGAGGUGCGCACCGGGCGGAAACGAAGGCUGGCCGGAGGAGGCGCGCCAGAAAGCCAGCGCGAAAAGACGCGGGGGCAAGGCGGGCGAGCCGCAAACGAGGGGGAAAACGCAGGGGGGGUGACGAAAGGGGGACGUGGGCCAGGACGCGCGCCCCACGGCGUGCGCAAAAGCAGGAGGGUCGCAAAGGGAGGCCAACCACGAGGAAGGGGCAGGGGGGGGCCGAAAGGCCGGCAUGCGGGGGCAGCGGAGGACCCACCGGGGGCCCAACUGGACACAGGAGGGGCACAGGCAAGAACGAGGGCGGGCGGGCGGGAAACGGGGGGAAGCGCACGGGCAGAGCGGGGCGGGAGCGGGGACAAAGGAGCGGGGGGCAGACGCCAGGGGCCGGGGGAAAGGGGGCAAAAAGAGCCAAACAGAAGAACUCAAGGGCGGCGGCAACAGGAGGCCAGCACCGAAGGGGAGACAGGGGGAGGGUGGAGCAACGGCCGGGAAGGGGGGAAAAACCAGAGCGGCCGACAAGACAAAAGCGGCAGCACAGGAGGCAGGGGGCAAACGACCGGCAGCUGAAGAAAGGAGAGGAACGCAGAGAGGAGGAAAAAGAGCACACAGAUGGGAAGUGA